AGAGCCCUGAAAACGCAGCUGUGGUCAAGAGCAAGUUGCAAGUGGCUGAAACUAAAGGAGGUCUGGUAAACAUCCCGCGUCACUGCCUCACCUUUUCGCGGCUUUUCACAUUCGUGCAACUCUGGAAACUUUCUGCUUCCCAGCCACAACUUAUAAUCUCUUCUUUCUUCAUCUCCUCUUUGCCCAGUUCUUCUGUGGCUCUCCUUCUGCAGGGCACCACCAGCAACCGCACCAGUCCUUGGGCAUCGGAUGCUCUGACCGCCUAUUUGUCCACAUCCACUGUGUUGCUCGCUUCUUUGCCAACUCUCCCCUCUAGACGACCCGCAACAGCCGGUUACCGCUUGUUGGUUAUUGGAGCAGCAGAGAAAAUAGUUAGCCCCCGACCGCUAAAGGCCUAGCUUGGACGCUCCUCCUCAUUUGGCUCCUCUCGUGCCUCUUGGACCUUCUCAUCACCACCCCUCCCUUACCGACACCGAUCUUGCUCCCAACUCGCGGGGUUUUUCUAUUUCAACGUCCGCCUCGCUUUUCGUGUGAUAGCAGCGGCUCCGUUUUAACGUCCCCAAUCAUUUUACGCACAUCACACGUCCAUCAUGUCUGCCGCAAAUAGCAUCAAGGUCGUCGCCCGUUUCCGCCCUCAGAAUAGGGUGGAACUGGAGUCUGGCGGUAAACCUAUUGUAACUUUCGAUGGCGACGACACUUGCUCCCUAGAUUCUAAAGAUGCUCAAGGCUCAUUUACUUUCGAUAGAGUGUUCGACAUGGAGUGCCGACAGCAAGACAUCUUCGACUUUUCUAUUCGACCUACCGUUGACGAUAUUCUAAAUGGUUAUAACGGCACAGUCUUUGCUUACGGUCAAACCGGUGCCGGUAAAUCAUAUACCAUGAUGGGUACGAGCAUUGAUGACGAAGAAGGCAGAGGUGUUAUUCCUCGCAUUGUCGAGCAGAUCUUCGCCAGCAUCAUGUCCAGUCCUAGCACCAUCGAAUAUACCGUUCGUGUGAGCUACAUGGAAAUUUACAUGGAGCGCAUUCGAGAUUUGCUAGCCCCUCAGAACGACAACCUACCAGUCCAUGAAGAAAAGAACCGUGGCGUCUACGUCAAGGGUUUGCUAGAGAUUUACGUUUCUAGCGUACAAGAAGUUUAUGAGGUUAUGAGACGAGGCGGUGCUGCUCGAGCCGUUGCAGCCACAAAUAUGAACCAGGAGUCAUCCCGUUCACACUCCAUCUUCGUCAUUACUAUUACACAAAAGAACGUUGAAACUGGUUCCGCGAAAAGUGGCCAGCUCUUCCUCGUCGAUUUGGCUGGUAGCGAAAAGGUUGGCAAAACUGGUGCCAGUGGACAGACGCUUGAGGAAGCCAAAAAGAUCAACAAGAGUUUGAGUGCUCUUGGUAUGGUUAUUAACGCCUUAACUGAUGGAAAGUCUUCACAUAUUCCUUACCGAGACUCAAAAUUGACUCGUAUCUUGCAAGAGUCCCUGGGUGGUAACAGUCGCACAACCCUUAUCGUUAAUUGUUCGCCAAGUAGUUACAACGACGCAGAAACCCUUGGUACGCUGCGUUUUGGUACUCGAGCAAAGUCAAUUAAAAACAAGGCCAAGGUCAACGCAGAACUCAGCCCUGCUGAGCUUAAGGCUCUUCUCAAGAAGGCUCAAGGACAGGUCACGAAUUUCGAGAGUUACAUUUCGAACCUUGAAUCAGAAAUUCAGCUUUGGCGAUCCGGUGAAGCCGUGCCCAAGGAAGAAUGGGUCACAUCUGCUAAUCCAGAUGCUAGAACAAAGGGUGACGCCGCCAAACCAGCACGACUUGCUGCAGAGAGCCGAUCAGAAACACCUGUAUUGACUGAGCGUGCUGGAACACCAAGCAUCAGCUUGGAAAAGGACGAGAGGGAAGAAUUCCUUCGCCGGGAAAAUGAGCUUCAGGAUCAGCUUGCGGAACGCGAAUCACAGGCAUCUGCCGCGGAAAAGCAAUUGCGCGAGACCAAAGAGGAGCUGACCUUCCUGAAAGAGCACGACAGCAAAAUGGGCAAAGAAAAUGAAAGACUCACGUCUGAAGUCAACGAAUUUAAGAUGCAGCUUGAGCGUCUUACUUUUGAGAGUAAAGAAGCACAAAUCACCAUGGAUGCUUUGAAGGAAGCAAACUCUGAACUCACUGUUGAGCUUGAUGAUAUCAAGCAGCAGCUGCUGGAUGCCAAGAUGAGCGCCAAGGAAACGGGUGCCGCCUUUGAUGAGAAGGAGAAACGCAAGGCAGAAAAGAUGGCCAAGAUGAUGGCCGGCUUUGAUCUCGGUGGCGAUGUCUUUAGCGAUAACGAAAAGUCCAUCGCUGAUACCAUCAUCCAGGUUGAGGCUCUCUACGAACAAAGCAGCACAGGCAACCACGUGGCGCCUGACGAGCUGAAGGCUCUUAAGGCAAAGCUGGUAGAAACACAAGGAAUCGUUCGCCAGGCAGAGCUUUCCAUGUACAGCGGCUCAUCAAAUGACAUGGACAGCCGACGAAGACAAGAUCUGGAAGAACGUCUGGAAACUAUGCAGCUUGAAUACGAGGAGCUAUUGACGAAGAACCUCGGCGCUGAAGAUGCUGAGGAAAUUAAGGCGCGCCUUGAAAAGGCUCACUCUAACCGUGAGGCCUCUCAAGUGGAACUCGUUGAAGGCCUGAAGGCAGAUAUUGCACAAAAGGCUGCCGAAAAUACUCGUAUGAAGACUUUGAUUGACGAAUUACAACAGCACGCUAAAUCUAACGGUGCGGCGCCAAUGGCAAACGGAAAGACCAUUCAACAGCAGAUUGCUGAGUUUGAUGUCAUGAAGAAGAGUCUCAUGAGGGACCUGCAAAACCGCUGUGAGCGUGUCGUAGAGCUUGAAAUCUCACUUGACGAGACUAGAGAGCAAUACAACAACGUCCUGCGCUCAUCAAACAACAGAGCGCAGCAGAAGAAGAUGGCAUUCCUGGAGCGCAACCUGGAGCAGCUUACUCAAGUGCAACGCCAACUAGUCGAACAGAACUCUGCACUGAAGAAGGAAGUUGCCAUUGCUGAGCGUAAGCUUAUUGCCCGCAAUGAGAGAAUCCAGAGCCUGGAGAGUCUUCUUCAGGACAGCCAGGAGAAGAUGGCUGCGGCCAACCACAAGUUUGAAGUCCAACUGGCGUCUGUGAAGGAUCGCCUCGAGGCAGCCAAGGCUGGUAGCACCCGCGGCCUGAGUGCUGAAGGCGGCGGCUUUAGCUUUAGCAAUGCUGGAAGCCGUAUUGCCAAGCCAUUGCGAGGCGGCGGUGGCGAUGCUCCCGCUAACCCGGCGAUUCAAAACCUCCAAGGCGAGGGUGCCACCAACAAGCGAAGCAGCUGGUUCUUCAACAAAGCCUAGAUUAUGGACUAAGCUACGUCGACUAGCUAUGCUCUAUUCUGUAAGCAAGUCGUCGAUCUUUGUCCUCCGCCUUGUUUGCAUAGAUGAUUUGGCUUGCAUUCAUGCACUAUGCACAUAUUGUUGAAGGGAAGGAGUUGAGACUCAAAAACAUUGGGCUUGAUUGCCUUUCCCACUUACAUGAAUUACAAAAAAGCCUGUAUGAUACUUUGUUAAUCGCUCCUUCGGGAUGAGGAAGCGGUUAUCGAUUGGCCACGAUAAUUUGGAUUUUAUUUUGUUUUACCUGUGUAUGAACUUGACGCUGGGCGACGAGACCAACUAAGCGAUGGAGGUGCACGGCGUAGGCUGGAUGGUUUGAAAAUCGGAAUUGGGGCAUUUUUACAAAGAGACAGCACGUUCUUCGGUUGUGUUCUGUCAUUAUAGGAUAGUCCACACCGGUAUAUAGAGAAUGAAGGCAUAUAAUUGACUAAAUGACGCAGUUCUUAUUUGCAAAACAAAACUUGAAUGUAUUGUGGUAGAGCCGAGAUUGGAAUAACAAAAUGGUGGCGAUCUCAAAGUUCGCCGCUGUCCUUGUCAACUCUCUCCAUGAUGAACCACAUCUGCGGGAUCAUGAUCAAGAACAUGAGAGAUAUCAUUCCGAGAAUGGUCGCAAAGAUCUUGGCCUGAAGGAUGAUGAUGCGGCGCCAUGAGGAUGGUGUUACGCUCGACCAAGCAACAGCCAAUGUGGCAUAGCCCUUACCGUCGACAACAGCGGGAUCAACCUGGCCCUGGAACGAGCGGUCAAAGGGAACGAUGGGGUCAUCAUCCUCAGGAAGCAGCGAAGCUUGGAUGCGAACAAGCACAAUCUUGGCAGGGAUGAUAAUAGCCAAAUUGAUGAGAAGGGUGAUGACGAGGACGACGAUGCUCUUCCAGAGGUCUCCAGGGCGGGUCUGCCAGUAUGGCAUCUUGUCUCCAUCAUCCACCAGGGUAGGACCUUGGUAGUUCAGAAUGACAGAUAGUAGCUCCGGUACCCAGCGGGAAAUCUCGUAGGCGACCCAAAAGAUUACCGUAGGCUUCCAUGUGGCGUCAAACGCGCGCUUGAACGAGGGGAGUCUCUUCCAGUUGGAUACGUCCUUGGGGUGAGAGAUGACAAUGUGAAGCCAGGCAGUUGAGAAUUGGACGGUGGUUAAAGCGGCCAACAACGUAGCGAGAGGGGUGAAUGCCUUGCCCAACGCACCAGCGAAGAUACCGAUAAGGAUUUGAUUGAAGAAACUGGUGACCCAAAGGACAAACAAUCCGCGGAAUCUGGCAAAGAAGCCACCAGUCGCGCCCAUAAGGCGAUCCGUGGCACGAAGAGAAGUAGUGAUGGGCUUGCCAUCAGCGCUGGCCACAGCUGCGGCGUUAGCAU